AUGCUCGCUCUUCUUUUGUUUGUAACUAUUGCUUCUGCUCGCUACUUGGUCUUAACUGGUGGUGCAAUUCAAAAGCUUGGGAGAUGUUAUGUUGGCAAUGGACUGACAUACCAAAAGGUCGAACUGAAUGGGUACUUCCUCAACUCUUUCACUUCAAACGAUUGUGACAACUGGCUUCCAACUGGUUCGUCGUUGGUUAAUUAUCCAGUAGUCUACAGUCUCUACGAUUACAUUGCGGUGAAGUACUCAUAUGACAAAAAGGGCUGUGAAAAUACCGUUGACAAAGCAAAACCCACUGAACAAUUAUACACAGACGUUUGCACUUCCUUGGGUGUUGGAUCUACCAGAUAUGCCAUUGAAGGAAACAAACUCGUUUUGAAAACUUUCACAAAUACAGACUGCACAGGAACAUUCACUCUGAGUGUCGAAAGUGAAGAACUUGACAAAUGUGUUGAUAAAUCGACAUACUCGUACAAAAUCACAAGUGGUGCCUUUGAGGUCUUCGCACUGUUGGCACUGGCACUUGCUUUCUUGUUCUAA